UAAAUCUUCCUCGAGACGCUCUCUCUCUCUCUCCCUUCUCUGCAAAGUCUGUUCAAUCCUAUCUUCGAUUUCUCCACACCGAAACCCUAAUUUCAUACAGAGCAAAGAAAGAGAUGAUUGAGUCGGGUCUUACUUCGAAGACGUUCUCGGGUGUUCGAUUUGCUCUAGUUGGAUUCAAUCCCACCGAUGAGAACAUGUUACGAUCCAAGCUUAUGAGUGGUGGUGGAGUUGAUGUUGGCCAAUACGCUCAAAGCUGUACUCACCUCAUUGUAGACAAGCUUGUUUACGAUGAUCCAAUUUGUGUUGCUGCUCGAAGCAGUGGGAAAAUGGUUGUCACUGGUUCGUGGGUUCAUCACAGUUUUGACGCUGGAAUGGUUAUAGAUGCCAAUUCGGUUUUGUAUAGGCCUCUUAGAGAUUUGAAUGGGAUUCCAGGUUCUAAGAGCUUAAUUGUGUGCUUGACUGGGUACCAACGUCAAGAUAGAGAGGACAUUAUGACAAUGGUUGAUUUGAUGGGUGGGCAAUUCUCUAAGCCGCUUGUUGCAAACCGAGUUACUCAUCUUAUAUGCUACAAGUUUGAGGGAGAAAAAUAUGAGUUAGCCAAGCGGAUGAAGAGGAUUAAGUUAGUGAACCACCGCUGGUUAGAGGACUGCUUAAAGAAUUGGAAGCUCCUUCCUGAGGUUGACUACGAGAUAAGUGGCCAUGAGCUGGAGAUGAUGGAGGCUUCAGCUCGGGAUUCUGAGGACGAAGCAGAAGAUGCCUCUGUGAAGCGUGCAAACACCAGUCCUCUUGGUCUUAGGGUCGGUGCUGUAGCUGCAGUUGAAAUGUCCAAGUCGAAAGGAAAAGAUAUCCCCCCGGUUGUUCAAACAAAUUUAGACGAACAGGGUGGCUCAUCACGAUUCAAUACGUCCAAAGAGGAUUGGUUAACUCCAAAGAAGAUGGAAGCCACGGUCUCUACUGGUCCAGUUACUGCGCAGCAGAGUGCAGGCACUUUUCAGAAUACUUCUAGUUAUGCGUCCCCUGUCAACAAGACGAUGGACAAAAUGGAGACUGAUGAGUCAACACCUAUUAACGUGAGUGUCAGAAGGCAUACUUCUCUAGCCACUUACUCAAGGAAAAUACUUCAGAGAUCGUCGGAAACAAGCACCUUGGGAAACGAGUCAAGUUGCCAAAACCGUACCUUAAAAUUAGAUGACAGGGCCCUAAAAGCUUCGUCUGCCUUUAAUAUCUCUGCAUCAAAAUCAGGUUCUUCCGUGGAAAGAACAACACUCUUUGAGGAUCUUGAUAAGUUGCAUGACAAGGAGUCCACCCCGUUGUUGCCUCAGGCGAAACUUACAGAUGGACCUGUCAGUAACAAAGGUUCAGAAAAGAUACACCACAGCAGCGAGGCAACACUCUUUGAGGAUCUUGAUAAGUUGCAUGGCGAGGAGUCCACCCCAUUGUUGCCUCAGGCGAAACUUACAGAUGGAUCCGUCAGGGACAAAGGUUCUGAAAAGAUACACCACAGCAGCGAGGCAAGUAUUCCACCACCUGCUAUGUUAACUGCGGAGAAUAUCAUUUCAAAAUGUGCACGGGAGAGAUCAUCGACUGAGCCAAUGGUGGGGAAUAUCUUGUUGCAGGAACCGAGAUCAGGCUCGCCUAAACAAAACCUUAGGGUUGUGCCAAGCAUCAAUGACAACUCUGAAGGUAUUGAAGUUGCACAUAAGUUGGAUUUGAGUGACUCAGCAACUAGGUUAUUCAGUUCAAGCGGUGUGUUAAAGGAAGCUGAUAUUUGGUCUGCAGAAACUAAUGGUGUGUUGAAGGAAGCUGAUAAAUGGACUGCCGAAGCUGUUAGUUUGAAGGGUGCAUUAGAUGAAGUACCUGAAAGAUCCGUAACUGCUGAGCCUGUGAUGAUGAGAUCUAGAAACUCUCCUGGGUCGGGUUUAACUGGAAUGAAGGACCAGGUAGAAACAGAGCAGCCCAAGAAGAAAACGGCUCCAAGAAAGAGUCUAGGCACCAGAGGCAGGAAAAAGAAUCCCAUUAACCAAAAGGGAUCUAUAUACUUGAGCGAACCUACCCCAAAGGAUGAGCACACUGUUGGUCUAAUCAAAGGAGAAGUUUCAGCACCAGCAACUGAUAAUGGCAAUCAGAAAGAGACAUCAAGUCCUGUCCUAAACUCUGAGGCUGUACUAGAAACGACCAAACGUAAUGACUCGGAAACUGACGCCGUUGAGAGAAUUGACUCUGAUAAGCUGCAGGAUAAGUCCCCGGAGGAAGCUAAUGCAGAGGUGGAAAUUACAGUGCUUGAACCAGAGCGUACUGAUGAUCCAAGUGAUGGUGCAUUACAAUUAGAGGUCAAGAAGAGUAAAACUAAGCGCACCAGUGAGGCUACUGUAGGUAAAAACAGCCUUCAAAGUGGUGGGAAGAAAGGAAGUUCUUCAACAGCUGAAGUAGGAAACUCUGGUGUCAAGAAGACAAAAAAAUCUAGAAAAGGAGAUGAUGCCAAAGCAAACGAUACUGUGGUGGAAGAUACAAGGGAUAAAUCAGGUAACGAGGUGGAGAACUUUGCAUUGGAAAAUGAACUUGGGAAGGUCAGUUCUGAUGGAGACCAAAGCCCAGCUGCUGGAGAAACAUUGGUAAGUACUGAAGCUGAAACUAAGGAUCCAAGCGAUGCUGCAGUGCAACCAGAGGUUGAUAAGAAUAAUGGUAAACGCAUAGGGGAGGCCACUGUUGGAAAAACUAGGCUUCAAAGUGGGAAGAAAAGAGGUUCUUCUGCUGUCGAAAAGGCUAGUAUCAAAAAGGCUAAAAAAUCUAAAAAAGACGAUGAGACUGAAGCAAACGAUACGGUGGUGAAUGAUAUAGAGAUUGAGUCUGCAGAAGCGAAAGAGAAUGCAGCAGUGGCUUCAGUUGCGAGAAAAUCAUUAGCAAGACAGGAGACAGCAGCGAAGAAAUCAAGUAAUGAUGCAAUGCAAUUGGAGGUUCCUAAGAACAAGCGUAAGAACAAAAAGGAGUCUACUGUAGAAUGUAGCAGCCUUCAAAGUGGAGAGAAGGAAAGUUCUUGUACAGCUGAAGUAGGAACAUCCAGUGUCAAGAAAACUAAAAAAUCUAAAAAGGAAAGUGUGGCCAAAGCAUCCGACACUGUGAUGAAAGACGUUGAGGAUAACUCUGCGGAAGAGGAGAACACUGCAGUGGAUGAUAAUAAAUCUGGUAGAGACAAAGGCCCAAGAAAGAAAGCUGCGAAGUCUGCUAAAACAGGUGCAAAGGUGGUUAAAGAGUCUAAGCAGCUCAGUUCUGGUAAAAAAGCUUUACAGGAGCAAAAACAGGAACCCAAGCAUUUUAUAGUCAGUGGUCCUAAGGUCCAGAGAAAGGAGUACCAGAAGAUCAUUAGGCUCUUAAAAGGCAAAUGUUGCAGGGAUUCUCAUCAGUGGUCUUAUCAAGCAACCCACUUCAUUGCUCCUGAAAUCCGUAGGACUGAGAAGUUCUUCGCUGCUGCUGCAUCUGGAAGUUGGAUUCUAAAGACUGAUUAUGUGGCUGACUCGAAAGAAGCUGGGAAACUAUUACCGGAGGAACCCUAUGAAUGGCACAGUACUGAUCUUAGUGCUGAUGGUACAAUAAGCCUCGAGUCUCCAAGGAAAUGGCGGCUCGUCAAAGAGCAAACAGGACAUGGUGCUUUAAAUGGUGUGCGCAUUGUUGUAUACGGUGACUGCGCCAUCCCUUCUUUGGAUACGUUGAAGCGAGCUGUGAAAGCUGGGGAUGGUACCAUACUAGCAACCGCACCGCCUUACACCCGUUUCUUGAAUCAGAAUACUGAUUUUGCUUUGGUAAGCCCUGGGAUACCGCGUGACGACGUCUGGAUCCAGGAGUUCAUUCGGAACGAGAUCCCUUGUGUCCUCGCGGAUUACAUUGUUGAGUACGUUUGCAAACCUGGAUAUGCACUUGACAAGCACGUGCUCUACAAUACAAACACAUGGGCAGAAAGGUCAUUUAAUAAGCUCCAGCGUAGUGCUGAAGACUGAAGAGGAAGAACAGCCGUUGCAUGUUGCUUGUGAGUCACGGAGCUUCGAUAACCUUUGUAACCUUAAGUCAUUUCUCCCUCACUAAUACCAUGUUAAAUAUAUAUGUUAUUUGUUUUUGUGCUAUAUGUUAAACGCAUCAAUAACUGGUUAGAGUAAUUUAGAUUGUAAAGUUUCUUA